GGUAGUACCACAUUUGGUGAUUAAGCCAUAGGGAUGGAGGCGGUCGCUGGACUAAUCAAGUUCUUAGUCUUGUCGAUGGUCAUUUAUCCGGCAGCAAUCUCGCCGGCUUCCGGCCAGAUAACGACGAUAUGCACGACGGGCAUGAUCAGCAGCUUCACUCCCUGCCUGAAUUACGUGACCGGAAGCAGCGCCAAUGGCAGCUCCCCGACUGCCGACUGCUGUCAAUCCCUUGCCUCCUUGGUUGGCAACUCAGCCGGAUGCUUGUGCCUCCUCUUAACCGCCAACGUCCCGUUUCGGGUGCCCAUCAACCGGACGUUGGCCAUCUCCCUCCCCCGCGCUUGCCGGAUACCGGCGGUGCCGCUGCAAUGCAAAUAUACGUCGAUUGCUCUUCCGCCAGCAGGCACCAUCGUACCCGCUCCAGCCCUUCCCCCUCUUCCGCCACGUCCAGCCGAUCCGCCGGUGACUGCAACUGAAGCGGGCGUGCCAGCUUCGUCGCCACCAGCCCCAUCGCUGCUGAUCCCUACAACAGUGUCGCCGCCGCCACCUGCACUCGUCACCCUUAACCCAAGCUCUGCCCACAAGAUCUACGAUGGAUUCUCUACCUUGUCCAUCUUUGCCUUGGUGGUUCUUGGACUUGUGAUCUAAAUUAAUGAAGCGUGUACUCGUGGGUCGUAUUCUUGGUAUGUGUGUGGUUGUAAAAUGCACUUUCAUGAAGGUGUUGAGUUGUAGGAGUUGGGAUUGUUUUGGCGUUUCCAUGUGUUGGGAAGCAAAAAUUCUUUGUGUGUAGAUCUAGAAUUGGUUGUAUUAUCAAUCCUAAAUAGCUUGUUAUGAGCGGGCA